AUGGCAGAAAUUUUUGAUGUAAUACAGAAUUUUAAUGGUGACAAAGCACCUAGACCUAAUGGGUUUCCAAUGGCCUUCUUCCAAGCAUGUUGGGGUAUUCUCAAAAUUGAUCUUAUGGCUGUAUUUCACCAUUUUUUUGCUAAAGGGAUACUUUGCAAAUUAGAUGUUGAGAAGGCUUUUGAUCAUGUCAACUGGGGUUUUCUUAUGCAAUUACUAGAAUGGAGUGGGUUCUCUGCUAAAUGGAGGCAGUGGAUUUUCUUUUGUAUAUCUACAGUUUGCUUCUCUAUCUUGAUAAAUGGCACUCCUUGUGGGGUUUUUGAGAGCUCCAGGGGGUUGAGACAAGGUAACCCAUUGUCCCCUUUGUUGUUUGUCUUGGUGAUGGAAGCCCUUGGGAGAAUGUUGGAUAAGGCUGUCCAUGAUGGUUACAUCUUCUGGUCUGAAGAUAAAUUUAGGCAAGUUAGAGCUGGUUCUUGUUGGUAUGGUGCAAAUCUUGACUUAUUGUUGACUGUCCUUGGUUGUAAACAAGUUACCCUUCCAAUGAAAUAUUUUGGCCUUCCUUUGGGAGCUAAAUGCAAGGAUAAGACAAUUUGGAACCCAAUUCUGGAGAAGAUAGAACGGAGAUUAGCAAGAUGGAAACGUUUAAUUGAGAAACUUCAGAGGGAUUUUUUAUGGGGUGGCAUUGGUGAUGAACCAAAAUUCCAUUUGGUUAAAUGGGCUACUGUUUGCACUCCCAUUGCUUCGGGUGGUUUGGGGAUAAGAAAGGUAAGACUUUUUAAUGAAGCUCUGCUUGGGAAGUGGCUAUGGAGAUUUGGGAUGGAGAGGGCUGCCCCUUGGAGGCAAGUGAUAGCUGUGAAAUAUGGUUGUGAAUGGGGUAGUUGGUGUACUAGGCCUACUAAUAGUCCAUAUGGUGUUGGCUUGUGGAAAAAUAUUAGUCGGGGAUGGCCUACUUUCUCUCGCCACAUUUUAUAUGAUAUUGAGGAUGGGUCUAAGGUGAAAUUUUGGCAAGACCGUUGGUGUGGUGAAACAUCUCUUGCAAUCAGCUAUCGUGAAUUGUUUAGAUUUUGCUGA